AUGGGAGGCUUCUUGUCAAACCAGAGUGCUAUAGAUGAAGUCACUGAUCGGUCAAAUUAUUUUAUCACAGAACGUGUUGCGAAAAUUCCAGCAAAUUAUCAGAUUCAAAAAGAUCAUAUUGUACAUGAAAUGUAUAAAACAUCUCCCGAGGCCUUUAAUGGAUUGUAUAUAAAAGAUUAUCCUGAGAAAAAUGAAAAACAAGUGAAUAAGUUAGCUAUUCACAAUGUUACAUCGAAUGAAGUUAAACAUCAAAUUGUUCGAGAAGUUCAUGGUGAAGUUGAUCCAAUGGUCGAUGAAAAAACUAUGAACUUAAAUAAAAUAGUACGAUCAGCAACAAAGAAAGCAAUACACGUAGCAAUUAAAAAAGCUGUAGGAGCAGCUGUUGAUGCUGUACAAAAAAAACUUGAACGACAAUUUGGUGUUGAUUCAAGCAAAGAUGAGAAAAUAUCAGGAAAAUAA